AUGUCGGAUAUAUUAUGCAGGUGGCUAAACGUAGAGCUCCGGCUAUCAAAAACCGUUGACCCCAGGUCCAUCUCUAAGGAUUUUGCAAAUGGCUAUCUUAUUGGAGAGGUCCUGCAUAAAUAUCAACUGCAGGGGGAUUUUGACCUGUUCUUAAAGAGCAACACUGCAAACUCAAAGCUGAAUAACUUCACACUCAUGGAACCCACAUUGCAACUGCUCGGAGUUUCCUUCGACCUGAGCAUGGCCCAAGCAGUGAUGCGGGAGCAGCACGGUGCUGCCACGCGGCUGCUUUAUCAGCUCUUCAUACUGCUGCAGAAGAAGAGGAAAGCCGGCCUGACAGGCACAGCUAUGGAGGCUAUGCAGCCAGCUGCCACAGCUUGCCUCCACCGCGUUGAGAAUGACAUCUACUCUGAGCGCCUGAGGACAGUCGUCAAGAGAGAGGCUGAUCUGAAACUCCAAAAAAUCGCUCUGAAGUACGAAAUCAAAGGUCGAGAGAUAUAUGACAAGUCUGUCAUGGCCCACUUUGUGGAGCAGCAGAGACGGCAGAAAGUGCAGGAAGAGAUGAGACUCCAGGACAUUGAAAAGCACCGACAUGCACGCAGAAAGCAGCAUGAGAUAAUGACUCGAAUUCAGACCGCCAUCAUCCAAAUUCCCAAACCCCCGCCCAACCGGACAUUGAAGGCCCUGGAAAAACAACAACAGAACCGGAAGAAGCAGGAGGCUCAGAAGGUUCACAUGGAAAUCGCCCAGUUUGAGAAGAUCAGGAAGAAGUUGUCACCUGCUGGCGGCUUUGGCACCUCCUCUUUGAGGUACGUAAGCCAUGGCUCCCAGUUGCAGAGGCCUGAGGAGCUGGCUCAGGCCAACAGCGAGUACAUCCAGAAAAUCCGCCAGAGGCUGGAGGAGGAUGCAGCAGCUCGUCAGCAGAGGGAGAAACGCCGCCGCCGCGUCCUAGUGGAACAAAUGAAAGCCCACGAGGCCCAAGAGGAGGCCCUUCGAGAGGAGCAGCUGGUGGAGCGUCUGACCCGUCAGUCCCAGCUGGAGAGACGCCUGGCCGUCCAGCUCAUGCAGCUCCGCCAGCAGAAGGACGUUCUCCGACAGAACCGAGUGUUCCGCGAGAGACAGUACCAAGAGCAACGGCUGAGGGAUUUCCAAGAGGCCUUGGAGAGGGAGGCGGCUCUAGCACGCCAGGCCAGUUUGGAUCACGCCGAGGAAACUCGGAAGGAGAUUGAGCUACAUGACAGGAUAGCGACGGAGCGCGCCCAGGCUCGCUACAGGAAGCACUCUGACAGCUGCCGAGAAAUACUGGAGCAGAUAGUGGACCUGGCCACGAAAGCUGGAGAGUACCGCCUCCUCACUGGAAAUCUUAUCCCUGGGAAGUUGAUGCGGGAAUGGAAGGAGCUCAUGUUUUGCGGGAAGCCCCUGUAUGACAGUGGCAGUCUGGAGGAGCUACCUGCUGACCCCACCCCAGAGCAGUUCAUUGAGGUUGAGAAACAGGAGAUCCUUAACAACCAGGACUAUGAUGAGUAUAUGAGUAUGACUGGUGAGUGGACCUGGCCAGAGGAUGGGGAGACAAAGCCCCCCCCAUCCAACAACAAUAUCCUGGGACAUGUGGUGCUCCGCUUGCAGACUAUUGUGAACCCCCCCAAACCAGACACCCUUCCUCCGUUCUUUCCUCGGUUCACACUGAAAGCCUGUGUGCUGGGGAAGCUUUUCUCCGGGAAGACCACAUGCUUAACCAGGAUUGCCAAAGUCCAUCACAUCCACAUCCUGUCAGCUAAUGUUCUGAUCCAGGAGGCCCUGGAUGCACAUCAGCUUGGACGUGAGCUCUCUGUGAGGGCCCAGCAUGGAGCAGCAGUGGAAAAGUUUCUCAGGAAAGGGAGAUCCGUCCCAGACGAGCUGCUUGUGGACAUUGCAGUCGAAGCUAUCAGGGCAAUCCCAGCAGACUCAGGCUGGAUUCUGGACGGCUUCCCGGUCGAUUUGACCCAGGCCAAGCUUCUGGAGAAGGCCCUGGGAGGCUCGGACACCGGGAAGGAGAGGAAGAACAAGCGGUCCAACCUGUCUGUGGAUAGCAACGCGCCUAAGGAGCCGCCUCCUCCCUCUCCUGUGCUGGACCUAGCUCUGCUGCUUGACGUGUCUGAUGACCACGUUUUGGACAGGGCGGCCAAGCAGGCCUAUGAGGAGGAGAGGUCUGGCCCGGCCGGGGCUGGUGAGGAGAGCUGUGCCCCUGCUAGAGAGCACAAUGUUGUCAUCGCCAGGGACAAGAGCCUGGGGAAGAGACAGAUCCAGCACAGGAUCACAGCCUUCCAGGAUACCUGGCCCAAGCUGGAGAAGUGGUUCUCUGGUAAACAGAGCAUUCUGAUGAGACUGAAUGCUGAGAUGUCGGAGGACAUGCUCUUUAGAAAAGUGGAAUCCAUCCUGUACCAGGUCAUGAUGCAGUCGGAAAAAGGUGAGGUCGUUGUUUUGGACAGUGGAAAGGCACCAGCGGUCUCAACUGCUCUCGUCCAGGUAACUCCGGUUGCGGUCCCAGCUCCCACUGAGUCCACCCUCACCCAGGAGGGCCUGACUCCAGCUGUGAAAUGCUCCAGCUCCAAGUCCAACUCUCGCUCCCCCAAAGGUUCACAGAGCAACAUCGAGAAGAGCACAUCCGAAGGGAAAGAUGUUCAUCGAGGAGCCGUGGGGCAUUCUAGGACGUUGUCCAUAGCCUCCUCCUAUGAGAAUUCCCAUGGUGGGAACACCAGCCCUACAGAGCCCCUUGCUCCCACCCCUGGAACUGCACACUGGGUGUACGUGGACGAGCCCCUUCCCAAGGAGAUACCAGAGUACCUGGUUCCAUACUGGGAGAAUGUGUGUAACUCCUAUGUGACUAACGUCAAGGCCGUGAUGCAGAACCUCCGCACAGAACGCAUCUUGAUCAUUCACCAUCUGUUUAACAUCAGAGAGGAGUUUAAGCAGUACCUCCGACGGCCCGACCUGAAGCAAGAGUUCGUGUCCCAGUGGCAGCAGAACUAUAACAGCAUCCCCAAGGACAUGAGAGAUGACGAGGAGACCAAGGCAGAGCUGCACCAGCGUCUGGAUGACCUGCGCGAGCGUCUGUGGGACAUCUGUGAUAAGCGUAAGGAAGAAGCGGGGCAGGAGCGGGCGGCGAUCAUGUGCGACGGCUGGCUGGAAGACCACACGGCGGUGCUCAUCAACCAUUUCUCCACACUAAUGCAGGUGGAAGUGGACCGAUUCCAGGACUCUCUACGUCUCCUGCGGGAUUACUACACAGGCAUGUACAAACAGGUGCUGUCUGAGGCGGGGCCAGAAUUCACCUGUAUUCCACUGCUAGACAUCGUGGUGCUGGAGGAGCCAGGAACCCAGACUGACAAAUCCAAGAGUUCUGAAAGAGUCACCAAGAGUGCUGGUAAAAGAGACUCUGAAGGAGAUGAGAAGAAGAAAACCAAAGUUGUUCCACUGAUUCCCCGCAGACCUCCCUCUACUGAAGUGGCCUCUAUGAAACAGAAAGGCUUCCAGGACCCUGACGAGAAGCUGCUGCAUGACAUCUAUCAGACUGCUCUGACAGCCAUCAACAACAUGGUGUCAGUGGAGGCGGUGCAGCGCGAGGCAGAGGAGAAUGAGGAGGCUCAGCAGCAGAUGGAUAGACAACGGCUACAGAGAAUGUCCCAAGCCUCCGCCUCCGCCGCCGCCGCAGCCAACUCUGGCAAGGACAAGAAGAAAGCUGGCACCAAGAAGAAAGGCCCCCCCUCCCCUGCUCAGGAGCCCAGUCCACCCCCUGCCCCAGAGGAAGAUUCAGAGGAGGUCUGCAAGAGGGCCAUACGAAACAAAAUCAGACAGGAGUAUGCUGCAGCCCUCGACCAUGAAGACAGUGCAGUGAAGGUGCGUGUGGAGCUGGUCAAGGCCUGUGCUCUGUGCAUGGUGAGGGUUCUGCACAGACAGGCAGAGCAGGCCUUCAGGACCAUGGAGGAGUGGCUGGGAGCCCGCUUCCUGUCUGAGAUGAACAGCAUUGACCAGCUGGCUGAGGUGGUGCGUCACCACAUCGAGUCGGCCGCCAAGCUCCAGAGUGAACUGAUGCUGGUAUGCACCGACUUCUUCCUGAACGGGGACAUGCGGGUUGUUGUCAGCCCCCCUAACCCUCCUCGCCCCGCCCCUUUGGAGCUUCCCACAGACAGUACUCUCACCAUCCUGCAGUUGGAGGCCUUCUACCGCCAGCUACGCAAGGUGGCGCCCACAGGUGUGCAGUGCAGUACUGACUUCUGGGAGAUCCUGCAGGAGAUCACCUCUCUGAACAUGGGGACCAACGCUCUGCCAGACCCCUGGAUGCACAUCUCAGAGUCUCAGCUGGUGGAGCUGGUGUCGACGCUAACCCAGAACACAGAGAUGCUGGACUGGCGUCAGUUCCUGCUGAGUGCCGCCCUCCCCUGGCCCACCCCCACUCUGCCUCAGCUGCUGCAAGUGUUGGCCCGCUUCAAGAUGGCGGACGCUGGGGCCACAGGGUCUUUGACUGAGGAGCAGUACUUAAAGGUUGAGUUGUGGUUCCCCAGUGAGCGGGCACUGUCCAUUCCCGAAGACCUGUCUGAGCCACUUCCUUACGAUCGCUUGGCUAAUCUACGGAAGUUUUUCUUCCUGCUUUUCGCCGACCCCAAUUGUUCGCCAGCUCGUGUCGACUACGUGACCAUGCUGCUGUACUUCGCUGCCCACCCUGACCCUAUGCAGGGCUUUGUCCGAGCUCUCAGUGUCGUCAUGGGACAGCCACUUCGACACCACUCUAGCAGUAGACUUCUCAAGUCGGUGCCUUACAUGGAGGAGGGGCUGAGUGAGUCGACCGAGCUAGAGGAGGAGGUGGAGACUCAGGGGGGGCCAAGAGGGGAGGAGGGGGUGUCCAUCCCUGCCCUCCUCAGAGCUAUCUGUCACGGGGGAGCCUGGGAGGCAUGCCACAACCGCUUCCAUCCCAACUGGAAGAGUCCUGAUGAAUAUAAAGAGGACUUUGUGAAGGUCUACAGAGAACUGGGGUACAAGGUUGAGGACAAGAUUCCAUUCUCCAUCCUAUCCCAGCAUCCGGUCAUACAAGAUCUGAUCGAGGGCUCCGCUCAAUACCAACUCAUUGAUAUUCACCGAGCUCUGCAGGUCCAACAGAGCGAAGGGGAGCCUCUGUCUUUGAUGGUGUCUUAAAAUAAAUAUACCUAAUAUAUCACGCAGUUAACUCUCACAAGCUAACCUGAGAUUCCCAUCCACUUAGAAAUGCAGUUGACUUAAAAUA